AUGGCGUACAACGCCGUCGCGCAAAUCGACGAGGUCGUGUCCGGGUCCGACUCCGACUCGGAUGUCUCGUGCGCACCGUCUCCGGUGCAUGAGGCCGUGAAUCAUCCUUCAAAUGCCGACCCUCACCUCGACGCGCCGCUAGAAGCCGCUAGCAGCCACGAACAGCCAAGCCUCGGCCGACUCGGAUCGAUGAUCCGCUCCAUGACCACCACGAGCUACGACGUUUCCAUCCACUCCAGCGAUCAUUUACGCCGCAUUCCUCCACUGAACACGGCCAUUGCGCGACCGUCCUCCUCUCCGGAACCCCCGUUGCGCAGUGCCUCGAGUGACCUCCCCAUCAAUCACCCAAUUCCCGAUCUACAGUCAUCUCAAGGAGCGUAUGUGGGGAAUGUGGCCCGGUUGGAAGAAAGUGCAGAGCGUCUGAGCUCCAGUUCGGCCGACAUUGGCAGCGAGAUCCGUAAGAUGGAUCAAGAGCAGAAGCGGCGCUCGUGCAGCUCCGCAACAAACUCCAUCAACCUGCGGAAUGGAGCAUUCUCCCCCAUGACCCAAGCGUCGCGUGGUUCAACCUUUUCCACCCGCCAGCGCUCCGUCUCGGGCGCAUCGCGUCUCGCCCAGCUCCCAGAACCGGAGCACGACGAGGUCGGUCAUCAAGUGAUCGAUCCACCACCUCCCUCGUCCAGCAAUGGCCCCGUGCCAUCGCACCUGAGCGACGCGCCCGAGCAGCACGAAGGCCACCAACCCCAAUAUACCCACGAGUAUGGCGAGCCGGAACAAGUCGACCGACCAGCCUCCGCCGCAUCGGGCGAUACCUUUCAACAAGCCCGGACGCUUUUCACUGAUUUCGAUGGCGUGCACUUCACCCCCUGGAUCGAGGGAAUUCCAUACCCGCACCCCUACAAGGAGCCGCAGAUGGGCCAGAACAUGGUCUACUAUCCCGCUCCAGUGCCGCGCAUGUUGAACCUGCCGCCGAAAUUGUCCCGCAAACCCAUUGCUGACCGCGAAAAGCGUCGCACCGAGCUCUUGACGUCGAUUGUCGCCGAGGAUAGAAAAUCAGCCCUGUGGCUGCCGGGUUCGGAUCAGCCUCAGCCUCCUCGCGCGGGACCUCACGAGCACGACAAACGGCAAUCCAAGAUCCCCGCGCACCUGCGUGCCAAUCUGUUCUUUGACAAGCCGAGCACCACCCUCGAAGUGGAUGUGAAGCAGCACUCGGCGGUGGCGACGCUGGACAGCAUCUUGGACGCCUCUGCGCACGCGCCUGUCUCUGCCUUCACCGAUCAUCCUUACGCAGGCCACGUGGGCUCGCAGGUUUUCUCCCAGUCGAAACGCCAGAUCCUGUAUACGAAUCCUGCGGAGCUGGCCGGACAUCGGACAUCUCGCAUCUCCAUGGGUCACCACCUGAGCGUUCAUCCGCGUCCUCAGACUGGCGAUCAACAAGCGACUGGGGCUCUUCGAGACGAUCGUGCUUAUCCUGACCAGGAACAUCGCGCUGGCGAGUCUAGCGAUGGCAAGAGCGACUACGAUGAUGAUGAUGAAGAAGAAGAAGGGCAUUCGCUGGCGAGUGGCCCACACGAAGAGGAAGAUCGAGAAUUCGUGGAAUUCGUGGGACCGCCUAAUACACUUUUGGCCGAAUUGGAUCUACGCAAGCAUGAGUUGAGACAAAGACAGAAAGUGUUCGUCCCAACUGCGUCUCAGGCCAUGGGGAUGCAUUCUACUCUGCUGGAAAUGGAUGCCAUGGCACAAAGACAGAGUGACAAAAGACGGCGCCGACCUGUUACCCUGGCGUGGAACAAUCGCGACACCGUUGAUGACGAGGAUGUCCCACUCGCCAUGCUAUAUGCUGAUCAAGCCCCCAGUGCCGUCGAAGAACGUCCGCUUGGGCUCAUGGAAAGACGUCAGCUUGAAGAGACCGAGCCCUUGAGUACACGCCGCGCUAGGUUACGGGGGGAGCCCGUGCCGGAAAAGCGGCCCAUGUAUCAAGAAGCCGAGGUUCGCUCAUCAGAAGCGAACAACCCGGCAAGCAAUAGCGAAGAUGAAGGCGAGACGUUGGCUGAACGCAUGAAGCGAUUGCGCGGCCAGAACCCAGCGGAGAACGAUUUUGCAAGUGAAGUCCUCGCGGAGAUCAACUCCAAAGCCGAAACGGCUCCGCAGAAGGCAGAGCCUGCGCCAGCUACUAAACCCAGUCUCGAGAACGAAACACUGGCGCAAAGGCGGCUUCGCCUGCAGCGGGAAAACGGCCCUCCACGUGGGAAUCAUGCAAGGGACUUGCACACAAGACGAAGCAUGGCGGCUCUGCCGCACACACGCCAUGCACAACAUGCAUCCUUGGCUCGACAUGCCUCACACGACGUCCUGCCGUAUGGGAAUACUAUUCCCGGACAACAUGCAGGGCGCAUGUCAACCCAAUCCUUGCUAUUGAACCCCAAUCAGCAAGCAUACGGGGGUUAUCCCAUGGCCCAGCAACAGCAAGCCCCCUAUGUCUACCCGACCAUGAAUUACCCUGCCGCACAAGCAUACAAUAGCAUGAUGAUGGGUGUACCAGGCGGCAUGACAUAUGCUAUGCCGGCCGGCUGUGGCCCAAAUAUGACUCAGCAGCCUGUCGAGCCAGCUCAGCAAGAGUUUAUUGAUCGCUGGAGGCAGAGUAUUCGUUGA